ACCUCGCAUCCCUACAAAGCCGGGACGGAGCACGCCGGGUUCUCACCGGACCAGAUGAUCGGCAUGGAACGAUGGUUAACCAAGGCUAAGCCGGACGUGCUGGAGGAGCUCCUAUUGAAGCUCGAGAAGGAUUCGCUGGUGCCCAACAUCUACACGUACAACGGCAUCAUUUUCGUGUACGCGCAGGCGCGGUCUUUGCCCAAGGUGGAGCGGGCGUACCGUGAAAUGGUUUCGAAAGGGUUGGAGCCUGAUGUGUUGACGCUGUCUCACUUGGCUAUGGCCCAAGCUUGGGGGUCUUCGAACGACAUGUACAGAACACUUGCGGAGAUGGACGAGAGGGGCUGGACUCCGACGAGGGCGGCCCACCUAAGCGCGAUCGCCUUCAUGUGGCAGAGGAAGGACACGGAGGGCGUACUGCAGAUGAUAGAGCGCAUGCUUGAGAAGAGCUACCAGCCUACGGAGGCCGCAUUUGCGAUGGCUCUCAUGUCUGCCGGGCGCUUGGGCAGGGCGGACUUGGCCAAGGUGCUGUUCGAGUGGCGCAGCGAGUCGGGGCUGGAGCCGAAACAGGAGAUUUACUCCAGCAUGAUGCUCGCCCAUUCGAAAGCGGACCUCCAUGAGGAGAGCCUAGCGUACUGGCGGCAGCUGGUGUGCCUCGACGGGGUUGGGGGGGUAGCCAUCGACCUGGAGACGUGCCGGAGCGCCCUGAGGUCUGCGAUUGUGAGCGACCACUGGGACGAGGUGGACACCAUCGUUGGCAUGCUGAGGGGCAAGAGAGAAGCGACGCCGGACCACACGUACAAGCUGGCCAUCGCCGCCUGCAGGUCUCGGUCCGGGAUCGACCGUCCAGACUACUGGCAGCGCGUGGAGCGAACGGUGGAGGCGCUGCGAAAGGCGGGGAUGGCCCCGUCGUCGGAGGUGGUCUGCCGCGUCGCCGUCGUGUACGCGCAGGGGAAGCAGUGGAAGAAGGCGGCCGCGAUGUUUGAGCAAACGCUGGCUCAAGGCGUGGAGAUGUGGGCAUUCCGCUGGGAGUGCAUGAUGCAAUCCUUCUUUUUCCUGGAGCGAUACGACGACGUCAGGAAGACGUGGAGGAGAAGCAAAACCAAGGAUGGGGGCCAGCACACGGUAAGGGCGAACGAGCUGGCCAUGACGACGGCACACCGUCUCCUGGACGCGGAGUGGGCGAAGGAGAUCAUGGCGGUGCCGGAGAACCGGAACCCGAAGAAGGGGCUCAAACCGGCCACGCUGCUUACGGCCGUCAAGAUCCUCGCGGAGACGGGGAGGCCGAGGGAGGCGCGGCAGAUCCUCCAGGAGUGGAGACCAACCAAGACCACGCGAAUAAACCACAAGAACUUCAACGAGCUGCUGCUGUGCUGCCAGCAGCACGGUGGCACGGAUGUAGGGCUAGAGUUUUACAGGAUUCUGCGAGGGCACGACGCGCUCUCCAGGCUGCAGCCAGCCACGUUUGCCUUCGUAGUCGGUGCGCUUUGCGAGCACGGCAGAGCGGGGGAGGCGGCGGGGGUUUUGGAGGAACAGAUAGCAGUGGAUUACCGGCCGGAGAAGGCUUGCUACCGAGCCGUGGCCAGCGCGGCGUCGCAGUCGGGGGACAGUGAGGCUAGCGCCAAGUUUUUGGAGGCGGCGGAAAACGAACCACCAGCAACGAUGGCAGUGAACACUGCUUCGGACAGCGGGGAAGAGGUGGCGGCGUUGGCGGGGCGGGAGGGGGGGGUGCUUGAUGGCGAUUUCGAUGGUAGGGAUGGUGGUGCUGGUGCUGGUGAUGCAUCCUUGCGACAGCAGCGGACACCGCCGGUAAUACCAGGGGGCAAUGUCUGA